AUGCGAGAAGAAAAAACAUCGAAUCUUCUGCCAAACUUCGAAAUGUUUUGGCAUCGAAAUGUUUUGCCGACGUUGCCGCCUUUGGCUCGGAAUCCCCAUACGGGAAACAGAUAUAUUGAGCUGCCGAACCAAUUCUACGUAUUGAGUUGCGACACGUGUAAAGUGAAUAACACAGUCUUAGUCGAGAAUCAUUUCGAGAAACAUUUGAAAUGGACAAAAACGGACGAAAAAAGACAGGAUUUUAAGUUCAAAUGGACUCAGUGUGUGGAUCAAAUUGACUACCACCAGUUUCGAGAUUAUGAACAAGUCGUCAAUCACAUUAGUAACAUCUCAUGUUUAACAAGUAAAAUCGGCCUCGUUGAGAGCUUGCGAGCCUACGAGCAAAGCAUGCAACAAAAAGCUCUGCAAAGUCCAAACUCUUCCAAAAACAACGAGUUGAAACUGGCUGAUUUUUUCAACGAAACUUUUAUACUAAAUAACAAGACGGAGAAUGCUGCUUUCCGGAAAGCGUAUAAGGCGGGCGAAACGUGGAUUCGCAAACCCAGCGGGUUGAACCAAGGCAUCGGGAUAUUUCUGGUUCGAAGUUUAGACGACCUCGAUGCGAAGUUGAAGGAUUGCAGCAGCAAAAAAUCUCCACCCAAGAGGGAAACGAGUAAUAAGUAUGAAAGAAUAAUUCAGCGAUACAUCGAGCAUCCCUUGCUACUAGACAACAAAAAAAUUGAUAUCCGAGCUUACAUGUUGAUAGCAUCGACUGCGCCUUUCGUAGUCUUCUACCACCCUGGUUAUCUGCGAACCUGCAUUGACGACUAUAAACUAGACGAUAAUAGUUUAAUUGGCCACUUGAACAAUCAAUAUAUCCAAAAAAGUCAUCCAAGUUACGAAAAGAAAAAAGAUGACACAAUUUGGAGCUACGAAAGAGCCAAUGUGUAUUUGAACCAAUACUUCAUUGAAACGAAAGGAAUUGAAGAAGAUUGGUGGUACAGAGUAUUCGAAAAGCAGGCUAAGCGAAUCAUGCUUCACUGUUUCAAUGCUGUAAAAUCCAGAUUGAAAACUCGAAUUGGCACUUUCGACUUACUGGGUUUCGAUUUUAUGAUCGACGAAAAAAUGAAAGUGUACCUAAUUGAAAUCAACGUGCAGCCAUCUUUGACAACUAAUUGUCAAGUUCUGCACCAAGUUAUACCUCCGAUGGUCUAUGAGUCAAUUGACGUAGUGAUGGAAAUCUGGGAAAAGACGAGACGUGGCGUUCCCAUUAAUCCGAUUCAGAGCAGGCGGAAUAUGGAAGUGUUAUACAACGAGACUACUCAAAGCAAAGUUUGGACACGGAGGCAACAAUCUACUAAUAAUGCAACCAACUUUACCAACGGCUCAACCUAGAAAGAACCAUUAAGGAUUA